AUGGAGGGCAGGGUGUUCGCGCUGGAGAACCCGCUGAUGACGGCGCUGCAGCAUCUGCUGGACAUCCCCGAAGGCGAGGCCGGCAACGCAGGCGGCGAGAAGCAGGGCCCGACGCGCGCCUACGUCCGCGACGCGCGCGCCAUGGCGGCCACCCCCGCCGACGUGAAGGAGCUCCCCGGCGCGUACGCGUUCGUGGUGGACAUGCCGGGGCUCGGGUCCGGCGACAUCAAGGUGGAGGUGGAGGACGAGCGGGUCCUGGUCAUCAGCGGCGAGCGCCGGAGGGAGGAGAAGGAGGACGCCAAGUACCUGCGGAUGGAGCGCCGGAUGGGGAAGCUGAUGCGCAAGUUCGUGCUGCCGGAGAACGCCGACAUGGAGAAGAUCUCCGCCGUGUGCCGCGACGGCGUGCUCACCGUGUCGGUCGAGAAGCUUCCGCCGCCAGAGCCCAAGAAGCCCAAGACCAUCCAGGUCCAGGUUGCCUGAGAUGGAGGACCAGUGGUCUUGCCUGCCUGCACGUCUGAUCGAAGCUGAGUGGGUAGUGAUCGAUGAUUAGUGAG